GUAACACGGGGCCAAUUACAGUAAAUUGAAACUGGAACUGCCUUCUCCUGCUCCGUGUGGCCAGUCUUCUGAUUCGGAGAACAAACGAAACCGAAAGUUGAGAGCGGUCGUCUUUCGUAGAAAUAAAAACGACCGUAGUUUUACUGAUGCUGCCUUUGGAAACAAUUUUCAGAAUUAUCGCGUGGACGCUUUCAUGGCUUUAUCGCUGUGCGGUUGGCCAGAUCAUGUACCGAUGGCCUGCCAUCAAUAAGUGGUGGAAUCGAUGUAAGAGAAUAAUGGCCGCGACUGGCAAGAACCGAGGAUCAAAAUCAGAAAUGAAUUUUGUUGGAUUGAAUAAUCAGGGAUCCACAUGUUAUCUGAACACAUUACUUCAAACAUGGUUCAUGACUCCAGAAUUUAAAGAUUGCAUUAGCAGAUCACAAACUCAAGAUCGUUUAAAAGAUGAGCUGAAAAACCUGUUUGAACAAUUAGCAAGGGAAAAUUAUCACUCCGUGUGUACAAAAAGCUUGACUUCCUACUUGGAAUUCAAUGUUUACAAACAGUGCGAUAUUGAAGUAUGUUUCCGCAAUCUGAUGAGCAAACUGAGCACCAAAAUGGACAAAGAGAACAAUAUUCUGAAGAUUUAUCAGGUCACAAUGGUUCACUCAAUGAAGUGUUCAAAAUGCAAGACGCCAUUGGACAAAGAGAAUCUUUUCCUGGAUAUACCUCUAUCUAUGUGUUCAGCUAAUUCGCUUGUGAAGUUUACGUGUAUGGAAGAUUCUCUUCGAGCGUUUUUGGACGUGGAAAAGAUGGAAGGCGACAACAAAUGUUAUUGUGACGCCUGUGAGGAAAAAACUGAAUCAACAUCCGUACGUUUUUCAAAUUGA